CAUUAAUGUCGUACCAGACACAACAUGUACAAAAAGAACAACCAAAUCUUGUAACUUGGCGAUUCAUUUUUGGUUUUAACCCUUAAAUUAUAAAACUGUUCAAGGAAAGGGGACUUCAACAGGAGAAAGACUACCUCCGAAAGAAAGAGGUAGGAGUGACGAGUAGGGGACCAAACCUGUGGUCACAGUCUUCAUGUCGUCCCCCGAGUACCUUCAGUACCACGGCCUUCUCCUGCCAUCCGAAGCCCACAGCUGGGAGAGUUUGGAGUAUGCCCAACAUUUCUCUGUGGAGGACACCGAUGUGUUUGCUGUGACUUAUCCCAAGUCAGGUACAGCCUGGAUGCAGGAGAUACUUCCAUUAUUGCUGAAUGGAGGCGAUUUGACCCCAAUUCACACUGUGGUGAACUGGGAUCGGGUCCCUUGGCUGGAAGAGAAAAGACUGGCACAGAUUGUGGAUCAGUUGACAUCUCCGCGACCAAUGGUCACACACUUACCUUACAACUUGAUGCCACCAUCUUUCUACUCUUCCAAAGCCAAGGCGAUCUAUGUAAUGAGGAACCCAAAGGACACCUUGGUGUCUUCAUACUACUUCCACCAGAUGGCAGCUUUCCUCGAAGAUCCAGGAACUUUUGAUGAGUUCAUGGACAAAUUCCUGGAUGGCAAAGUGCUUUUUGGAAAAUGGACUGAUCAUGUGAAGAGCUGGAGACGUGCGGAGCUGGGAGACAGAAUAAUGUUCAUCACAUAUGAAGAAAUGGUUCAGGACCUGCCUGCAGCUCUCAGGCGUAUGUCAGACUUUCUGUGCCGUAACCUGAGUGACGAGGUCAUCGAGAAGAUAGCAGAGCAUUGCACUUUUAAGUCCAUGAAAGCCAACAAGAUGUCCAACUUCAGUUUGGUCCCUAAGGUCUACAUGGACAAUGAAAAGUCUCAAUUUCUGAGGAAAGGUACUGCUGGAGACUGGAAGAACCACUUCAGCUCAGAGCAAGUGGCCCGAUUCGCAUCAGUCAUCAACAAAGAGCUGGAGGGGGAGAGUUUCUCUCUGCCAUGGAGCCUGGAGUGAUCAACACAUGGAAGGAACAAGACUGAUGGAGAUCAAAUCCAGGGCUGAAAACCACGUCAUUUAAAUCAGUGCUAAUCUGAUUUUAUUCUAUAUAAUUUUGGAUGGUAAAUCAUUUCCUUUAUUUAACUUUUUGGCUUAUUUUUUAAUCGUUCAUAUCUGAGAUUAUUGCAGCUUUAUGCUACAGCAUCAGUAAAACAGGAUUAUGUGUGAAUUUCUGUUUAAUUACCUUGAGCAGCUUUUACCAUUUGUUAAUGAGUACGUCAAAAUUCAAACAUUCAUGGAUCUCUACACACACGAGGAAUGUUUGUUCAGAGUGAAAUGUUUCAUGUAUCUGCACUAUUUGCACAGAGAUGACUUUAACAGUUAGAAAUAAAUGCCAAAACACAUUUUUCUUAUUUCAUAUAUUUUAGUCUUUUGAACUUUUCAAUAGAAAAGUACAUCUUCACUAUGAAGCACUCAUAGAUGAUGAGAUGUACUUAAUGAGUAAUCUUCUAUUAACAUAUUUUGCACAUUUUAGCAGAGUAGUUUUAGUUGAGUAGUUGAAGUAACAAGUAUUUUAUUCACAUAACUAAUGACUGAAUGCUCAUUUGCAUCUAGAAAAUAAACUUCACUGAUAAAAUAAAUGCAACAUAACCUU